UUUCAGCGCACACAAACAUUUCCGUGCACGUCCUACUUGUAAACCUCUACAGCAGGGCGCUUGUGCGCGCUCCCGUGACUCUCGCCAUAGAAAACAAAGCUGAACGUUUUCCAUAACAGCCAGGGGUGCAAACCCGAGGAAUAACCGAAUUUAUUCUGGACGCAUCAGGCUGAAUAUGGAUUUACAGCGGGUGUAGCAUAGUUAGAGACCGAGCCUUGUCGGCGGGGGUGACGGCAGGACAACAGCGAAACUGACGAGAAUAACACCAGUGUGUCUUUUUUUUUUCUCGGGGUGCUUUGUCUUGUCCACCUAACGAUAGCAAACCAUCAUUCCGUUUCAGUUGCAGCUACAUAUUCAGCUAGUGAUCACUAGCUGCCGCCGGGAUGUAUCAUCAUGUUGGCACCUAAAAGUGACUGCUAGGUCGUCGGAUUGUGAAGGAUAAGCAGAAAAUCCAUCACCGACGUCCCAACGGGUUGUCACCGGGACCUAAAUCUGUGUUAGCCUCAGUCGCAGAACCCACUGUUUUCGGCGAUAUGGCGGAGCAGGGCUACACAGCUUGGGCUUACUCCCUAGUUGACUCCAGCCAGGUAUCCACCUUCCUCAUUUCCAUCCUCCUCAUCGUAUAUGGCAGCUUUAGGUCAUUAAACAUGGAUUGUGAGAACCAGGAGAAGGAUAAAGACGGUAACCCCACGACGGGGCCUUUUAAUAACAGCAACACAAACAACAGUAUUCAGACUAUAGACUCUACACAGGCCCUGUUCCUGCCCAUAGGAGCCUCUGUAUCUCUGCUAGUCAUGUUCUUCUUCUUUGACUCGGUACAGGUGGUCUUCACCAUCUGCACUGCAGUUCUUGCAACAAUUGCAUUUGCAUUCCUCUUGUUGCCAAUGUGCCAGUAUCUGACCAGACCCUGCUCCCCACAGAACAAGAUCUCCUUCGGCUGUUGUGGGCGUUUCACCCUGGCCGAACUCCUGUCCUUUUCCCUCUCUGUGUUGUUGGUGCUCAUCUGGGUGCUGACUGGACACUGGCUUCUAAUGGAUGCUUUAGCCAUGGGCUUGUGUGUUGCCAUGAUAGCCUUCGUGCGGCUACCUAGUCUCAAGGUGUCUUGCCUGCUGCUGUCGGGUCUGCUUAUUUAUGAUGUGUUCUGGGUGUUUUUCUCAGCCUACAUCUUCAAUAGUAAUGUGAUGGUCAAAGUUGCCACUCAACCUGCUGAAAAUCCCAUAGACGUUCUGUCCAGGAAGCUCCACUUGGGGCCAGGAAUGGGCCGCGAUGUCCCUCGUCUCUCACUACCAGGCAAACUGGUCUUUCCUAGUUCCACAGGAAGUCACUUCUCCAUGCUGGGAAUAGGAGACAUUGUGAUGCCGGGGCUGCUGUUAUGUUUCGUGCUGCGGUAUGACAACUAUAAGAAGCAAGCAAACGGGGAAGUUCCAGGUCCUGGUAAUAUGCCCGGGCGUAUGCAACGCGUCUCCUAUUUCCACUGCACUCUCAUCGGAUACUUUGUGGGUCUGCUGACUGCCACUGUGGCCUCCAGGAUUCAUCGUGCUGCUCAGCCAGCUCUGCUUUACCUGGUACCCUUCACCCUGCUGCCUCUGCUCACUAUGGCCUACCUGAAGGGAGACUUGCGGCGCAUGUGGUCCGAGCCGUUCCACACCAAGGCCAGCAGCUCCCGCUUCCUGGAGGUAUGAUGCACUCUGGGACAAACGACCAGCGUGGAGGGAGGACUGCGGUUCCUUUCCCUUCGUUCGCGGGAAGGAGAGAGCGAGUACACACUCAUAGUGAGGCCAUGUUGUCGCCACUUGUUCAUGCUUUCCACCAAUCUUCUGUGAACACCCUCAGAAGGGACACCAGUGUGUGGAUCACAACAACUCAACACGACUCAUCUUUUAGUCCCCACAUCCUCCUCGUUUCAUCUCCGCUUCCUCUUUUUCUGUUUAUUUCCUCUAUGUUAUAGCACAUCCUGUGCUAGUGUUGUUCCGUCUCAACCCAAACCCCCCCCCCCCCCCUAAUUUUUUUCCCCCCUUAUCCUCCUCCAUAGUUGGUCUUGUUUGCCACUUUGGCCCACUCGGUUUGACAGGCCUCUUCUUUCUCUUCAUCUUAUAAUCACCUCUGCAUCUGUUUGUCAUCAACUCAGAUGAACUCGAGGGCCAGACCUCCUCCCUUUUUUGUGGACUUACGGUUGUGAGUCGUGGCUGGGGUUUAUAUAUAUUUUUUUAGCAUUGUCGUGGUCAUUAUUAUUAUUAUUAUUAUUAUUGUUAUUAUUAUUAUUAUGGAAAGAUUUAAGUAAAACAUUGGAAGACUCUAGAGUGUUGCGGUGGCACAGGACAGCACUCGGGAGCAGUGACAGUGAAGGGUCUUCCCCUCUCCAUCUGUGUUCCCCCCCCCCCCCCGCUUCUCUUCAUCUGUCGUCUUUGUCGUCCCUGAGCGAUGGCUUCUCCCCAGUGCUACUGCCCCCCGACACUGCGGGGCCCCCACCCUCCUCCUUCCUCUCUGUUCAUCUGCUGUCCCCCAUUCUCCUCCCACCCAGAUAACUAUGUAUUUUAUUUAGUAAAGUUUUAUUCUUGGCAUAUACAGAAAUUACGCAUUAUAAAUUGUCAAGCUGCCCCCAGUGUUUGAGGGGCUGCUUCUAUUUGUAUAUACGUGUACACAUGUAUUUGCGGUAUCUUGAGUUUGUACUUGUGAUCGGGGAGCAUGUCGUGUAGAGUGGGAAACUGACGCCAAGCCUUCAGCUCGGUCCUGGUCAAUUUCUUUUUGAAUGGACUGCGAGCGUCCGCCACUCGGAGCUGGGUUUUCUAUCGUUUGUUGGCUCGUGUGAUACAUGGAUAUCUGCGUCAGUGGACGGUUGAAGUUAGUUAGUUUCCUGCUCUAGUGUUAAAGUGUGGAAGUGUGUGUGUGUGUGUGUGUGUGUGUGUGAGCGCGAGCGAAUGUUUGUUUUACUUGGUUUUAAUUUGAAAUCAGAAACUUCGGUGGCAAUAGUCAGGUU